CCGCCGAGGACGCUGAUGUACGGAGUGGUCUUUUCGCGUAUUACCUUGAAUCACUAACGCCUUAUAUACGGAGCCUGUUGUCCUCCCCCCACGAAACGAACGGAAUAAACUCAUGCCUGGCUGUUCUUGGUUCGGUGGACACACUUCUUGGCAAAGCCCCCCUUGUUAUCCUCGCUUGUCAGAAACUUGCCUACUCUCCUGUCGGACCAUCAUCAAGUGUCGUUGAAAUUGCAGUUAUUACCCGAUACAAAACCCCCAUGCAGUGCCGCGGCCCCCGUUCCAUGUCCGAAGAACCGCCCGUAGGAUCAUCAGCCCGCCGCCGCCCAUCAUCAUGUCUGACCACACGUUGUCGGAGGUGCCCACGAGGAGGGAUGAGUUGCCGCCCGACCUGCUGGCGCUGAGGACGUCCAACGCCGAGAAGGGCGUCAACAUCAUCGCGCAGACCCCGAGCCGGCCGUACUCGUACCGCGAGGACGAGGCCGUGUACGACCGCUUCACGCCCCGCCGCAAGGCCCUGAUCACGGCCAUCGUGUCCUUUGGCGGCCUCGGCAUCAACUUGGCGUCCCUGCUGGUGCUGUCGGCCCUGCCCGAGGUGGCGGCCGCCUUUAACACGUCCGGGACCGUCAUCAACUUCACCAACGCGCUCUUCCUGCUGAUGAUGGGCAUCGGCGUCCUCUUCUGGGGCCCGUUGAGCCAGGUCUACGGGAGAAAAUGGAUCUUUGUCACAUCGUCCGUGUUGUUCUGCGUCUUCUCCUUCGCGACGGGGGUCUCCCCCAACCUGCCGGCCUUCUUCAUCUUCCGCUCCAUCACGGCCUUCGCCGGGACGUGUUUCCUCGUGGUCGGCUCGGCCUGCCUCAGCGACGUGUACCGCCCAACUGAGCGCGGCACAGCCUUGGGGUGGUUCCUCGGCGGUACUCUGAUCGGUCCGGCCUUGGGGCCCUUCAUUGGCGGCGUCAUCGUCACUUUCUCGUCGUGGAAAAGCCUCUUCUGGUUCCAAGGAGCGCUGGGCGCUGUCGCCAUGGCUCUGUCCGUUGCCUUCCUGCCGGAGACCAGCCACGGGAAGUGGUCCGAAGAGCUGGAGGGCUUGACCGUCAAGGGGAAAGUGUCUCAAAUCUGGGAGUGGGCGAAUCCUUUCCGAGUUAUUGCCUUGUUCAAGUACCCAAAGAUCCUCAUCGUGGGAGUCGCCGCCUCUUCAGUCUUAUGGAACAUGCAGGUUCUCCUGACGCCAGUCCGAUACGUCAUCAACCCUCGGUUCCACCUCACGACCCCGCUGCAAUCGGGCUUCUUCUUCCUCGCGCCGGGCGCCGGAUACCUUGUCGGGACCUUCGUCGGCGGUCGCUACGCCGACAGAACGGUCAAGAGGUGGAUCGCCAAGCGAGGGAAGCGCGUGCCCGAAGACCGACUGCGGAGUGCGUUUAUCGCGAUGGGCGUGGUCAUACCCGCGAGCACCAUCAUCUACGGGUGGGCGAUCGACCAGGCCAAAGGCGGCAUUCCCCUGCCCGUCAUCUGCAUGUUUGUGCAGGGAGUCGCUCAGAUGGUUUGCUUCCCCUGUCUCAACAGUUACUGCCUCGACGUGUUCCGAGACAGAGCGGCCGAAGUGAUGGCCGGAAACUACUUCAUCAGGUAUACCUUCGCCGCCAUCGGUACGGCGGUGGUCCUUCCGGGGAUCGACGGCAUAGGCGUGGGUUGGUUCUCGACAGUGAGUGCCCUCUUCGUCGCGGUUUCCAGUGCGGCUGUCUGCUGUAUUGUCAUUUUCGGCACAGAACGAAACAACAAAGACGCGAAAUCUGAACAGGCUUGAGUUGGGGUUUGUGGUGGGUUGAUGCUGCCGGGCCGCGGGCGUUGAUACAGCUAAGUCUCCUGUUCAUUGAAUACGUUAUCUCUAUCUCUCUACGUCACCAUCAUUAUGUAGCUCAUAGUCAUUUAAAAAGGGGAAGAAGAAAAAAAAAAGUUGGUCCCGUCACAGAUUGCGGCAUCUUGCCUAUUUCUCCAAAUUCCAUUUCGUGAUGCUCAACAAUAUUUCAGCACGGCCCGCAGACCCGCAGAUUGGAACAGUUGAUAGCCAUUUUGUGGAAGUGUAGUUGUUUUGUUAAGGCAAACCUGAUCUUGAACGAGCUAUCAGCCGGUGGCUUGUUUGACUCAAGCAUCCCCACA